AUGCCCAAGCAAGCGAUCACGCCCAAAUCACGGUCGAAAUCCCAUUCUCAGUCGUCUCGGGGUCCAUUGAGCAAACAAAUGACAACGUCGGCAAGCAAGAUCUCCAAGAGACCAAAAGGAAGCUCCAAAAGCAUAAAAUUGAAAAAUGAAGCGUUGUCAGAGCAACUGGAUGACCUUUUUGGUGAACUCACUCCUCAUUUGGCUUCCAAGACACAAAAGAAAAAGAAGGGAGCUGAUCUUGAGAGUAAACGACAAAUGGACUCUGCGCAGCAAGAAUACGAAAAGAUGAAUAAUGACAUGGAAGAUGCUCUUGGUCUCUUGACAAAGCUUUGA